AUGUUGGUAUUUGUUUGUCAAUUUGACAGAUAAACAAAUAAGAGGUUAUAGUUGAGUUUUCCAGAUUUUCUCUAAAAAUGGAUAUUGGUGAAUUGUUGGACUACAAACCCCCGCAAGGUGUUAAACGGCCGGUUGAAAAUGAAAACGAUGAAAUUGAAAAACAGAGAAAAAUGCGGCGAAUUGCGCGAGAUAAAGCGAACCGAAUGUCUCGUGCCGCAUCCCCAACACCCUCAAUACAAACUUUAGACCAAAUAUCGGAAGAAGAAAGACAAGAGAUUUUAAAAUUUGUUGAAACUGAACAAACUGAAGGAGAAGUCAUUGAUGAAGCGGCAAUUAAAAGAAUUGUUCUGAAUUUUGAAAAAAGGAGUCUUAAAAACAGGGAAAUGAGAAUCAAGUUUCCAGACUCUCCUGAAAAGUUUAUGGAGAGUGAGCUUGAAUUGCACGAGAUUUUACAAGAAAUGAGGGUUUUAUCAACUGCACCUGAUUAUUAUCCCCUGUUGGUGAAGCUACAGGUUAUACCAAGCUUAUUGGAAUUGUUGGCUCAUGACAACACUGAUGUUGCAGUGGCGACAGUGGAGCUGCUCCAAGAAUUAACCGAUGUCGACAUCCUCCACGAAUCUGAAGAAGGCGCUGAAGCCCUGAUUGACGCUUUGCUCGACCACCAAGUAAUAGCUCUCCUCGUCCAAAACUUGGACCGUUUAGAUGAAAAAGUGAAAGAGGAAGCCGACGGUGUCCACAACUCCUUAUCAAUAAUCGAAAACUUGACAGAAUUACGCAAUGACAUUUGCAACGAGGCCACAAAGCAGGGCUUGCUCCAAUGGCUCUUGAAGCGACUAAAAGUCAAAGCCCCAUUCGACGCGAAUAAACUCUACGCCAGCGAAUUACUCUCAAUCCUGCUGCAAGAUAACGAAAAGAACCGAACUGCUUUGGGCGAAAUGGAUGGAAUCGAUACUUUAUUACAACAGUUGGCGUUCUACAAGCGCCAUGACCCCUCCAGUGCCGAAGAACACGAACUUAUGGAAAACCUAUUCAACUGUUUAUGUAGCGCAUUGAUGAUUGUCUCGAAUCGAGACCGGUUUCUCAAAGGCGAAGGUUUGCAGUUAAUGAAUCUGAUGCUCAGAGAGAAGAAAACGUCACGGAAUGGUUCACUCAAAGUGUUGGAUUAUGCAAUGUCGGGCCCCCAUGGCAAAGACAACUGCAACAAAUUCGUGGACAUUUUGGGUCUACGUACAAUUUUCCCGUUAUUUAUGAAAACGCCGAAGAAAAACAGAAAGAAAGUGUUGUCGACGGAGGAGCACGAAGAGCAUGUUACUUCGAUUAUUGCGUCCAUGUUGCGGAAUUGUCGCGGGUCACAAAGACAGAGACUCAUUAGCAAAUUUACGGAAAAUGAUCACGAGAAAGUCGACAGAUUACUAGAGCUGCAUUUCAAAUAUUUGGAAAAAGUGGAAGCCAUUGAUGAAGUGAUGGAUGAGGAAAACGGGGUUGAAGAUGAUGAUGCGAGUUAUAUGAAACGAUUAGAAGGAGGACUGUUUACGUUGCAAUUGGUGGACUAUAUUAUUGUGGAAGUUUGUGCUGCGGGACCUGCCAGUAUUAAACAAAGAGUUAUGCAAAUUCUCAAUCUUAGAGGGGCCUCGUUGAAGACGAUAAGACACAUUAUGCGAGAAUAUGCCGGGAAUUUGGGGGAUGAAGGGGAUAAGGAAUGGAGGGAUCAGGAGCAACAACACAUUUUACAUUUGGUCGAUAAGUUUUGAUAUAUUAUUGCCAUGAUUUUAAGUAAAAAAUAUUUCAUUUGAUAUUGUUGUAAUUUCUGCAUCAAAAUGGUGUGAUUAAAAAAUAGAAUUAA